AUGACCCGUGUCCUGCUCCCCCUCCUUGCCCUCGCCUCCGUCGCGACCGCCCACUUCUCCCUCACCCUCCCCCCGCCCCUGAGCGACAGCGACGAGUCGGAGGCCACCGCCCCCUGCGGCGGCUUCUCCGUCUCCUCCUCCACCAAGACCACCGACUUCUACGUCGGGGGCGACGCCAUCGGCAUGCAGAAUGGCCACCCCCAGAGCAACUGGCUCUUCCGCGCCACCACCGACCUGACCGCCGCCGGCGGCUGGGUCCAGCUCUUCCCCAUCGUCAUGCAGACCGGCCUCGGCAACUUCUGCGAGCCCCACAUCGUCGUCCCCGGCAACUUCACCGGCAAGAAGGGCAUCAUCAGCGUCGUCGCCCACUCGCCCGACGGCCUGCUGUACGUUUGCUCCGCCGUCAACUUCGUCUCCGGCACCGCCCCCACCCGCUCCGAGUGCAAGAACGCGACCAUCACCGCCGACUUCACCAGCGAUUCCUCCCUCACCGCC